GUUUCCAAAGCCUGCACAUCCAUAUGUCAGUGGACGCAAGCCAUGUAUAAAUACCACUUCGUAGCUAAAGCUGUGGCACCCAAAAGGGAGAAGCUGAGAAUAGCAAAAGAAGAACUUGCAGAGACUCAGAGAAUUUUGGAUGCUGCAAAACUGCAGCUGCAACAAGUGGAGGAAGGCAUUGCUACUCUGCAGGCCAAGUACAAUGACUGUGUCCAGAAGAAGGAUGAACUGGACAACAAAUGCAAGGAAUGUGAGGCCAGGCUUAACAGAGCUGACAAGCUUAUUGGAGGACUGGCUGAUGAAAAAGACAGAUGGAAGGAAUCUGUGGAGACUCUAGAGAAGAUCAUUGACAACUUUGUUGGGGAUAUACUUGUUUCGUCUGCUUGCAUUGCUUACCUAGGGCCCUUUACUGGUGAGUACAGACAAGAAAUGGUCACUGACUGGAUUAGUAACUUGGACAGACACAAAGUUCCACGAACAGAAGAACCAUCAUUAAUCGGCUCAAUGAGCAACCCUGUGAAGAUUCGAAGUUGGCAGAUUGCUGGGUUGCCAAAAGACAACCUGUCAGUGGAAAAUGGUGUCAUAGUUGAGUUUUCUCGCAGGUGGUCACUUUUCAUUGACCCACAGGGACAAGCUAAUAAGUGGAUCAAGAAUAUGGAAAGAGAUGCAGGGCUGGAUGUCAUCAAACUGUCAGACAAAGAUUUCCUCCGCAGUUUAGAGAAUGCUGUACGGUUUGGCAAGCCAUGUUUGCUGGAGAAUAUUGGGGUUGAACUGGACCCAGCUCUGGAACCAAUUUUGUUGAGACAGACAUACAAGCUACAGGGCAGUACAGUGAUCAAGCUUGGAGACUCCAUCAUCCCCUACCAUGAAGAUUUCAAGUUCUACAUGACAACAAAAUUGCCGAACCCACAUUACACACCAGAAGUGUCGACCAAGGUUACUCUUGUUAACUUUACUCUCUCUCCAAGUGGUCUAGAGGACCAGCUUCUGGGUAUUGUUGUCGCUGAAGAGCGCCCUGAUCUUGAGGAAGCCAAGAACCAGCUGAUUGUCAGCAAUGCUAAGAUGAAGCAGGAGCUGAAGGAGAUUGAAGACCGCAUCCUUCUUCGUCUGAGCUCAUCGGAAGGAAGCCCUGUGGAUGAUCUUGAUCUAAUUCAGGUUCUAGCUGAUUCCAAAAGUAAAUCACUCGAAAUCAAGGCAAUACUUGUGGCAGAACACACAGAGAAAGACAUUGACAGGACCAGAAGUCAGUACAUCCCUGUGGCUGUCAACACUCAGAUCCUGUUCUUCUGUGUGGCAGACAUGGCCAACAUUGACCCUAUGUAUCAGUAUUCUCUGGAGUGGUUUAUCAGUAUCUUCUUGGGAGGCAUUUCUCAAGCUGACAGAGCAGAUAAGAUUCCUGAACGGAUCAAGAACAUUAACAAAUUCUUCACCUUUAGUCUGUAUUCCAACGUGUGCCGCAGUUUGUUUGAGAAACACAAACUACUGUUUGCCUUCCUGCUGUGUGUGCGGAUUCAGAUGCAUGAAGGAAUCAUUGAUAUGAAUGAAUGGAGGAUUCUUAUUUCUGGAGGUACUCACAGACCCAAAGAUUGGCCAAAUCCAGAUCCACAGUGGAUUUCUGAAAGAUCCUGGAGUGAAAUUCUCACACUUCCAGCACUCCCUACUUUUGCUAAAUUUGCAGAAGAUUUCAAACACCAUCUUGUUGAAUUUGAGAGAAUUUUUGACAGCCCAGAUCCACACAGGGAAAAGUUGCCAGGAAAAUGGGGACAAAAUCUGGAUAAAUUCCAGGCCAUUCUUGUCCUCAAGGCCUUGCGUCCAGACAAGGUGACCAAUGCCAUGCAGGAUUAUGUUGCCGAAAACAUGGGUCAAAGGUUCAUUGAACCUCAAACCUCUGACCUGGGUCUUGUGUACAAAGAUUCGUCACCAACCACCCCACUGGUAUUUGUGCUGUCACAAGGUACUGAUCCUGCCAAUGACCUUUACAAAUUUGCAGAGACAAUGAGAUUUGCAAAGAAGCUAACUGCAAUUUCUCUUGGUCAAGGACAGGGACCUCGUGCUGACGCCAUGAUGAGAGAAGCCAUGGAAAGAGGCAAAUGGGUUUUCUUCCAGAACUGUCAUUUGGCUCCCAGUUUCAUGCCCAUGCUAGAAAGACUUGUAGAACACAUUGACCCAGACAAGGUUCACCGGGACUUCAGACUAUGGCUGACCAGUAUGCCGAGUGAGAAGUUUCCAGUUUUUAUUUUACAGAACAGCUCCAAGAUGACUGUUGAACCACCAAAGGGGAUUAAAGCCAACCUUGCUGUUCCAGAAUUUAAGCAUCUGUUGCUCUCGUUGUGUUUAUUCCAUGGCGUUGUCAUUGAAAGAAGAAAAUUUGGAGCCCUUGGAUUCAACAUUCCGUAUGAGUUCACAGACGGGGAUCUCAGAAUAUGUAUCAGCCAGCUCAAAAUGUUUUUGAUGGAAUACACAGAAAUACCAUUUAAGGUUCUUGUGUAUACAGCUGGACAUAUCAACUAUGGAGGUCGUGUGACAGACGAUUGGGACAGAAGGUGUCUCAUGAAUAUUCUUGGAGGGUUCUACAAAAGUGAUGUCAUCAAAGAGGGCUUCACUUACUCUGAAUCUGGGAUCUACAAACAGAUCAGCACUGAUAAUGAGCUCAAUGGAUAUCUGAGUUACAUCCGAAGCUUGCCCAUUAAUGACACGCCAGAAAUGUUUGGUCUCCAUGAGAACGCAAAUAUUACAUUUGCACAGAAUGAGACAUUUAUGUUGCUGGAAGACUUGGUCAAGCUGCAGCCAAAGACAUCUUUAGGAGGAGGCUUGUCCAGGGAAGAAGUUAUGGAAAACACAGCUCAAGCGAUCCUUAAGCAAGUUCCUAAAGCUGUGGAUUUGGCCAAUGUCAUGACCAAAUACCCUGUAUUGUAUGACCAGUCAAUGAACACAGUCCUUGUGCAGGAAGUCAUUCGCUACAAUCGACUACUGAAUGUUAUCCACCAAUCGCUACAUGAUCUCCAAAAGGCCCUCAAAGGCUUGGUUGUCAUGUCUCAACAGUUGGAGGAUAUGGCCAAUAGCCUCUUCAACAAUGCAGUGCCCACAGUUUGGGCAACAAAGGCUUACCCUUCCCUCAAACCCUUAGCCUCAUGGGUGCUUGACCUCAUCUCAAGAAUGAACUUCAUCCAUUCCUGGAUUGAUGAAGGCAUUCCUUCUGUGUACUGGAUUUCUGGGUUUUUCUUCCCCCAAGCAUUCUUGACUGGAACAUUGCAGAAUUAUGCCAGAAAAAGUGUCAUCUCUAUUGAUUCCAUAACUUUUGAGUUUCAGAUACUGAAGGACUCUUACACCGAGCUGACAUCUGCACCAAAAGAUGGCUGCUACAUCCGUGGUCUGUUCGCAGAAGGGGCACGCUGGGACAGCACUCAGCACAUGUUAGCAGAGUCCCGGCCUAAAGAGCUGUACACAGACAUGCCUGUGAUCUGGCUUAUUCCAGUUCCCAACCGAAAAGUUCCAAUAACUGAUAUCUAUGACUGCCCUGUCUAUAAGACUUUAACCAGAGCAGGUACACUCUCCACCACCGGACAUUCCACCAACUUUGUCUUCUCUGUGGAAAUUCCCACUGACAAGCCACAGGAGCACUGGAUCAAGAGAGGUGUAGCAUUGCUGUGUGCUCUCAACUACUAA